AUGAUUGGUGAUGGCCAGAUCUCCUUGGGACACACUGUAUUCAAGACUAAUGCUAGAAAAAUCAGAAGAAUUUAAGACAAUGUGAUUUGUGGUUUCGCAGGUUCAGCUGCUGAUUGUUUAGCAUUACUUGAACUCCUUGAAAAAGAAUUUGAAAAACAUCCAGGCCAGACCUUGAGAGCUUGUCUAUCAUUAGCAAAGUAAUGGAGAACUAAUAAGAUUCAUUAGACCUUAUAGGCUGAUAUGCUAGUUAGUGAUAAAGAGAUUACAUGCUUAGUUGAUGGUUCAGGAAAUUGUAUAGAAAUUGAGAGUGGAGUUGUUGCUAUUGGUUCAGGAGGCUUAUAUGCUCAAUCUGCUGCAACAGCAUUACUUGACGUGCAUAAUAUGGAUGCCGAAUAAAUAGCAAGAAAGGCAAUGAAUAUCGCAGCAGAUCUCUGUGUAUAUACUAAUCACACACAUAUGGUUGAAGUUUUGGAUUCAAUUGAAUCACCAUACUAACCAAUCAUUCAAGACUGA